AUGAUUAGUGCUUGGAAGUUGAAGAACUCACUGGAAGUACAAGAUCUGUUUUUUUUCCUUUUCAAGUUCUUGACAAGAAUGAAUUUGGAAUUUGUACUCAGAAGUGGACCUUGGAGCGUUGAUCGAUCACUAUUGAUUCUUGAGAGAGUCUCUGGGGAGGAACAACCAUCAUAUCUUAACAUGCAUUUGGGAAUCUUUUGGGUGAGGAUCUACAAGCUACCGUUGAUGCUCAGAUCGGAUACUAUUGCAAAGAAGAUUGGAAAUAUACUAGGCUCGUUCGAAGAAAUGGAUCUCAAGGAUGCACACCAAAAUGGGCGCUUCUUGAGGAUUAUGGUUACCAUAGAUUUGAGAAAAUCCAUAAACGAGAAACGAUGGUCAAGUUCAAGGAGAAGAACCUCCGUGUCCAUUUCAAGUUUGAAAGUUUACCCACCUUCUACGUUGUGUGCAAAAGGAUUAGUCACCAAUUAA